AUGUACCUAAAAAGUAUCACUCGUUAAGAGAUGCUAUUUUAAAUCGAAACUCUCAAAUAUCAAUUAGAGCAUGAGAAAUAGAAUCAAGAGAAAGAGGUAAAGUAGAUUAAAUUGGAUGUGUAAAAAGAAGUAUUAAUGUUCACAUUCUAUAGAUUGAAGAAUUAUAAGAUGAACUGAAAUAAUUAGAAGAAAUGAAAAUAAAUGCUUAAUUCUAACAGUAUUUUUAAAUGAAGAAAGACAAUAAGACUUUAAAACAAUAAAAUACUAUUUUGAAAGAUAUGUUAAGAGCUUGUUAAAUUACGAGUUCUACAAAAGAAUUGGAAAUAUUAAGACUAAAAUAGAAAUUGUAUAGAUAUAAUCGUCAUUAAUUAUAAAUCAAAAAAGAAAGUCAGUUAGAGUGGUGUUAAUAAUAGAAACUUUAAAGUAAAGAUGACAGAAAUUAAUCUCAUCAGAGAAAUAAAACUUAACCUUCAUUGAUGGAUUCUACAGCAGAAACUUCAUUAAAACUAUAACCAAUAAAAUUCAAGAUUAAUUAAUGA